GGAAGUUUUUUUGACAAAUCGAAACUGCUGCAGUUGUGAUAGGAAGACUUGUCAGUUUGUCCUUAAACUGUCUGACUGUCGGGGUUUUCUUCACGGGAAAAAUGCAGAACAGUGCUUACGGGGCCUCUUUGGCCGGUGGGGCCUUUGAUUUAGCGAACUUUCUAAAACAGCCUCAAACUAUUUUGCGCUUCCUGAGCUGGAUAUUCUCCAUCGUGGUUUUUGCAACCAUCACAGCCGAAGGCUACACCAACACGCAGGGAAAAGAUCAAAACCAAUGCAUGUUCCACAAAGCUGACAGUGCUUGCAGUUACGGGGUGGGAGUCGGAGUCUUGGCCUUCUUGGCUUGUGUUUUGUUCCUCAUGCUAGAUGCCUACUUCCCAAACAUCAGCAAUGCCAAAGAGCGAAAAUACAUUGUUCUAAGCGAUCUGGCUUUCUCUGCGGCGUGGACGUUUCUGUGGUUCAUCUGCUUCUGCGUCCUGACGAACCUGUGGACCAAGACGGAUUCCAAUAUUGUCGUGGCCGAUGCUGCCCGAGGUGUCAUUGCCUUCUCCUUCUUCUCGAUCAUCACCUGGAGCCUUUUGACCUACUUUGCACUUGCAAGGUAUCGCCAAGGAGUGAAUGAAUUCGAGCAGGACUACAGAGACCCAGCCAACGACCACAAUGCUCCUUACCAGAGCAGCCCGUACUCCAGCACCAGCGGGCCCUCGGGCUAUCAGCAGUCACCUUUCUCCAACACCCAGGAGACUCCAGGAGCGUAUCAGCCUCCAUCUUAUUGAAAGACUAAGAUUCAAAAGCAGGAAUCAAAUGAGGAAGGUUUCUUUUUAAAUAUGUGUGCCAGUUGUUUCUUUUACAGCGCCGGACCGUUCUGUGCACUCCCCUUCUGUUCCUGCUGAACGCGUUUGGUUUUCUGGGUGCACUGAUAUCUUUUUAGUUUCCUGCAAGUUGUUUGGUGAGCGUUUUGCUGUGUUGUUCACAGCGGGUAAAGUCUACAGAUGUCCUUUUAUUUGCCAGAGGGUGAUUGUCUUGGUUAAAAAAAAAAAAAAAAAAUGAGAGAGAACAUGGCCACGCCUGAGUUGCCUUUGUACCAAAACUGCUGCAGAUUUUUCAGUGCCUCCUUUAGUUACUAUUGCGAGUGCAGUUUGCUGCUGUUCAUAUCAAAGCACUAAUUAUCAGAAAGGUUAGACUUAGUGUAAUUCUUUAGGAAAUCUGGUUUGCAUUGAAAAUUUUUACUGAAUAUGUAACUGUUCAGUGUUUACUUCAAUAACUGUAAUUCAAAGAUACAGCUGAGUAUACUGCUCUUUCACCACAUUGCAAACCCAUAUUAUUCAAUUAGUUGGUAGAUCAGAAAUAUCGGAAGUCUAUAACUACUGUAAUGCCACGUGUUUGUGUCUUUUUAUUAAGUAAUCAACCACUAAAUAGGCUUUCAUGCACUGAAAAACUCAGUUUGUUUCUGUUUGACAUUUUAAUUUGUCACAUUCGCUUCUUUUUAGAGUUUGGCUUUUACAGGUGUGUUGAUUGAUUUGCAUUGGAUUCUUCUGUUGAAUUCUUUGCUUAGGAUUUUUAAAGUAUUCAAUGCCAUAAAUGUCUCAGCCAUAGGUUUAGCAAUUCUUUGACGUUGUGGCAAAUUUGGUAUUUAUUUUCUUUCUUAAUACUGUUAAAUCCAGGCACAUGACAAUCAAAUCGAAUCAUUUUCCACAUUACUUUUUCCCUCUUGCUUUUUCCUCUCCUUUGCACUUUUGCAUUGUCACCGCUUUGCAAAUGUUCCUCAUUAAAGUGCCUUGCACAGUGAUCCUGUAUCAGACGGAGUGUGCCAAAUAAAAACAGGUUUUAAAACUC